AUGUCCCGACCCAGUCUCGUGCGUCUACCAGCGCGGACAUCAUUUGCGGCCACGGGCCGACGCUCUCUGCAGACCAAGCAACGCGCCCUACCAGCCGCCUACUAUCGUGGCGGCACGUCACGAGCCGUCUUCUUCAAAGACGAGGACCUCCCACGCGACCGCGAAGACUGGGCCCCGAUCUUCCGAGGCGUUAUCGGCAGCCCGGACCCUUAUGGCCGACAACUCGAUGGGCUAGGGGGUGGCAUCUCUAGCCUCUCUAAGGUGUGCGUGGUAGGCCCGUCGACGCACCGCGACGCAGACGUUGACUACACCUUUGUGUCGUUGGGGAUCAAAAAUACCGACGUUGACUAUUCCAGUAACUGCGGGAAUAUGAUCAGCGCGGUUGGACCGUUCGCAGUGGAUUCGCAGUUGUUCCCUUUGGCGCAGCGGAAUGCCCACUCCGCCUCGGUGCGCAUCCACAACACCAAUACUGGCAAGAUUAUCCACGCCUCGUUCCCAGUCAUUGACGGGGAAGCUGCGGCUAGCGGAGACUUUGCGAUCGAUGGGGUUGCCGGUACAGCGGCGCGAGUUCAACUGGACUUCAUCAACCCUGCUGGCUCGGCGACAGGGAAGUUGUUGCCAACAGGGAAUGCGACGGAUACCAUUGACGGGAUCCCAGCUACGUGCAUCGAUGCGGCGAACCCGUGCGUGUUCGUCCGAGCUGGAGAUCUCGGUGUAGACGGCAACUUGACGCCGGAUGAAAUUGCUGCGCAUCCUGAUCUUCUUCUUCGUUUAGAUUCCAUCCGCCGCCAAGCUGGUGUCAAGAUGGGUCUCGCGUCCACGCCUGACGCUAUACCGGGCAGUGUGCCCAAGAUAUGUCUCGUAGCAGCGCCUGUUGCGUCCGAUUCGCGAGACAUGGAACACAAGCAGACCUCCACUGAGAUUGACCUGCUCGCUCGUGCUCUCUCUGUGGGACAGCCGCACAAGGCAGUCCCCAUUACAGUCGCGCUGGCCCUUGCGGCAGCUGCGCGAGUGCCCGGGAGCACAGUGGCAGAUCUUGUUUCUGGAAAGAACCCAAUUGACGAUGCAGGCAUCACAAUUGGGCAUGCUAGUGGAAACUUGUUGGUUGGCGCUAGCUUCGACGCAGAUGGAGCGUUGGCCUCCGCUACCGUCUUCCGGACCGCACGGCGGUUAUUCGAGGGACGAAUUUUCUGGAAGAACGACCAGGUUUGUUCAACAAACUAG